CUGAAAGACCACAAUGCAGAUGCUCGUCAGCGCGUCAGAACUCCCAACCAUCUUCACAAUGGCAGACAGUACACCCCAAUCAACACAGACCUACACUGGAACCUGCCUCUGUGGCUCCAUCAGCCUUGUACUUACACUGCCUUACGACCUCCAUGCCAAACCUCAAGGUCACAUAUGCCAUUGCAUAAACUGCCGCAAAUUCUCAGGCUCGGCGACAGGGCUUGCAUGCCUCAUGUUACCUACGUCUCAGGUCCAGCUCCAUGAUCCGGAGGGGAAACUCAAGACUUUUAUCGACACAAAAUCUCGAAGCGGUAGAACUGUUGGGAGAUCAUUCUGUGGCGAAUGUGGAAGUCCAGUGGGCGGACCGACGCGAACGGAGCCAUCUCUGAGUGUCAUUGCGCUCGGUCUGUUCGACGAGGUUCCUAAGCCCGUAUUUGAAUGCUUUUCGGCGCAAAAGGUAGACUGGGCCAAGUCAUCGGUGGAGGCAAGUAAGCAGUACGAAUAUGUUGAUGAAAUUGAACAGUACAUGGUGGGAGUAUUUGCAGGAACUGGCUAUUGAAUUGACAGAAGUAUGCUUUUGUAGAGUUCCAGAAAGAUGACAUGUUGUAGAGGUGAACUUGAA